AUGAUACAACAUCUUAGUUUCUAUCAAAUAGAAGGGUCUCAUUACUGUGGAAAGGUUCGUUGGGCAUUGGAUUUGAAAGAGCUUCCCUACAAUACCAUCGAUUUCAAUAUAUUCGGUGAAACGAAAGGUUUAGAACGAGCACCAAAGACAAUGCGUAAAUUGUUCCCGAUUCUUGAAGAUCCAAACAAUAAAGAUGGUAAUCCAUUUCAAUGUGAUUCAACACCAAUUUUGAUCUAUUUGGAUGCUCACUAUCCUCGAUCGUCUGUAUCUCUUUUUCCAUCUUCAUCAUCUGAACUACGUCAACAAGUAAUUGAUACAUGUUUACGUUUUGAUUCAGAAUUAGGCCUUUACGUGCGUCGCCUUGGAUUUGUUCAAAUACUGAAAGAUAAGUCAAGUGCUAUGUCAAUCAUGGCUGGUCAAAAAUUUUCAUGGGCUUAUAAUCCCGAUGAUAUUCGUUCGCAUUUAAUUAGUUCGUUCAUUGCUUGUUUUACGAUUGCUCGAUUUCGACUUCAUCGCAUCCGUGAAGAACGAAUAAGAGAAAAAACAGAACAAAUUCUUCUAGACAUUGGAAAUCAUUUACGUACAAAUGAUUAUCUUGUUGGUGAACGAUUUUCGGCAGCUGAUCUAACGUUUUGUUCACUCAUUAAACCACUUCACUGUAUGCCUUAUUUCUAUGACGAUCAUCGCUUUCGUUGUAUAUUCGAAUAUUGUGACCGGAUUCGACGAAACUACGACCCAAAGUAUCCAAAUAUUGAUAAUGCUUUCGACAAAGUACUGAAUAAACGUCAGGUACAAAUGAAAAAAAACGAAAAAAGUUUAAUUACUCGUGUCAAAACAUUUAUUAAUCGAAUCAAUUUUGUACAACGAUUUUUUAUUGCAUUCAUGAUUAUGGUUGUAAAAAAUGUUUAUGGACCGGUAACUGAUGAUGAAGAAGUACCUGAAUUCAAGACAUCAUCAUCAUCACAGAAUAGGCAAGAAAAAGAAGCAGUCAAUGAUCAACGAUACAUAAAUUUCAAGUCAACUUGGUCAACGAUCAAAUUCUUCUUCAAGUAUCAAUGUCAUCUAUUAUUUACGAUUCCAGAUCAAGCAGCCUAUUUAGAUAAAAAAACAUAA